UUCCAUCUUUAAAUUUGGGUAAACGACCCUUCUCCUUCCUCCAUUAAACUGAUCUUUGAAUUUUAACAGCCUAAAAACAAACAAACGAACAAACUAAAAAACCAUAAUGUUUGAAAUUUCUUUCUUUUGAUUCAAAACAACAAACAAUCUCUGAAUUGUUUGCAAAAAUGAAGCCCCAAAACUAUCAACUGAAAAAUAAAACCAAAACAAGCUAUCUUUUGUAGGAAACCACCAUCAGAUUAACCGAUUUUAAUUAAAUUUAUACACUUGUUUUGUCUUGUUUGAUCUCCAUUAAAUAUUGCAGUUCUUUGUCAUCUGUUCUCCAUCUCUCUCUCUCCUCCCCUCUUUCUCUCUCUAAACCGGGAUUAAACAAAAAUCAUUACCCAAAUCAAAAUCUUUGAACUUUAUUUUUUACUCUUUCUGCAUAAAAGAAGAGAAACUGCUGCCACCGCCACCAACCCAUCUCUCCAAGAAACCAGAAAUUCCUCCUUUACCAAAUCACAACAUGGAAAGGAGCUGAAAGGAGCUUACUUUUUCUUAUCUGCAACCGCCGCCGCCGCCAUAUUCAGAAGAAAUCUCGACGACUCGAGUUCGUCGAACCCUGAAGAGGACCUGAAUCCCAAGCUUCCCGGCCGAAAUUCAGUAAUCCGAGACCUGGGUUUUGCUCGCAUUCGCCAUUGAAGAUGACCCAUCUCGACAACAGUCCGCCGACGCCCGGAAAGUUCAAGAUGGACAAGUCGCCGUACAUUCACCGCCUCCGUUGGCACGGCUCGCUCGCCAAGCUCACGUUCUGGUCCUUCGUCUUCCUCGGCAUGAUAUUGAUCUUCUUCUUCCGCUCGCCGUCCUCUAAUUCUCUGCCAUCCGAUCCCUCCCGCCGCUCUCUCAGAACCUACAACUGGGGCGGACCCGCCUGGGAAAAACGGGUUAGGUCAUCCGCCAGAGUCCGUUCCCGCCACGGAAUCUCGGUCCUCGUCACCGGCGCGGCGGGCUUUGUCGGGACUCACGUGUCGGCGGCGCUCAAACGCCGCGGAGACGGGGUCCUUGGUCUGGAUUGCUUCAAUGACUACUACGACCCUUCGUUGAAGAGAGCUCGGCAAGCGCUUUUGGAGCGGAGUGGGGUGUUCAUUGUGGAAGGCGACAUAAACGACGCCACUUUGCUGAGCAAGCUCUUCGAGGUGGUGGCGUUCACCCAUGUGAUGCAUUUGGCAGCCCAAGCCGGUGUGAGGUAUGCCAUGGAAAACCCAGGCUCAUAUGUUCAUAGUAAUAUAGCUGGUCUUGUUAAUCUUCUUGAAGUUUGUAAAAAUGCAAAUCCACAACCUGCAAUUGUUUGGGCAAGUUCUAGUUCUGUUUAUGGUUUGAAUACUAAGGUACCCUUUUCGGAAAGAGACCGGACUGACCAGCCGGCUAGUCUCUAUGCCGCUACCAAGAAAGCCGGUGAGGAAAUUGCGCACACUUACAACCAUAUCUAUGGCCUUUCCCUUACCGGGUUGCGGUUCUUUACUGUUUAUGGCCCCUGGGGAAGGCCUGAUAUGGCAUACUUCUUUUUCACGAGGGAUAUAUUGAAGGGGAAAACUAUUCCAAUCUUUGAGGCGGCUAAUCAUGGAACCGUUGCGAGGGAUUUUACCUACAUUGAUGAUAUUGUGAAGGGAUGCUUGGCGUCAUUGGAUACCGCUGAGAAGAGUACUGGGAGUGGGGGAAAGAAGAAGGGGCCUGCCCAAUUGCGGGUUUUCAAUUUGGGGAACACAUCGCCUGUGCCAGUUACAGAUCUUGUGACCAUUUUGGAGAGGCUUUUGAAGGUAAAGGCUAAGAGAAAUAUAAUGAAGUUGCCGCGUAAUGGGGAUGUUCAGUUUACGCACGCAAACAUCAGUUCGGCUCAGAGGGAACUUGGGUAUAAGCCCACAACAGAUCUGCAGACAGGGCUGAAGAAAUUUGUUCGGUGGUACCUCAGUUACUACUCUGGUGGGAAGAAGGCUUCUGGAUGAUAAAAUUCUUUUGAUUGUGUGGUGGACCCCUUUGAAUUCUUGUUCAUUAUAAUUCAUAUGAUUGUUUUUAACAUUUCUGUCAUUGCCCCUGUAUCGUUUUUCCAUAUAUCAUAAUGAUGUAAUGCCAUAUGAGGAGGAACCUUGUGAACUACGGUGAAGAAGUUUUGUGGCUAGGGGACAUUGUUUUCUAAGCACUCGCAUGCUGUAUUGAGCGAAAACGAGGACCAUCUCUUUAUUUUUUUCUUGGAAUGUAAUUGUUGGAGCUACGGCGUUGUAGAAUUCAUGACUGAUAGAAUAUAUGCUAAUUGGUGAACGUGUAUUAUUGCCAUGCAAUCAAUAAAAUACCACAGGAUAGUUUGGUUCCUUACUGCUA